AUGCAUUUUCUUCUACGAUUUGCAUUUACAAUUUCCUUGUGUGAUGGUUGGUCCGUUGGAUUGUCAUCGUACAGUCUACGAACACAGAGUUGGCGUAUACAAAGUUCAAAGAAUAUUCGUGGUAAAGAUCAGCAAGCUUAUGAAAUUCGAUCUGGUCGUCAGCGAGAAGAUUUAAACUACAAUCCUUUGUGGAAUUCUGGAAAAGUUAUAUCUAAUUCGACAGUAGUCCUAUGGGCAGGACCACGAUUAGCGUCGACAGAAAGAGUUUAUUGGCGAAUAUGUCUCUGGAAUACGGAUGAAAAUAUCUCUGCAUGGAGCAAAGUAUCAGUAUUUGAAAUUGGUCUUCGACAUAGAUAUGAUUGGGAUCCGGCAGUUUGGAUCGAAAAUAAACAUUAUAUGACUGGAAGUUUAGGACAAUUUGUAGUAACAAUUAAUGGAAAGUUGGUUUCCAGUGGUGUUCUGAAUCGAGAAUACUUUGAUUGGAAUAAAACGUUCGAAUAUUCAACUUAUGAUGUAACGCCUGUUCUUCAAACUGGAGACAAUGUCUUAGGUGUAGCUUUGGGAAAGGUAUCUACAGAGCAGAGAAACCCUUAA